AUGAGGUUCACCAUCUGUCUGGCCCUUGGGUCCGUCGCUCUGGCCCUGGUGGCCAAGCCGAUCCCACCACAAGCCGUCGUCGAUGCCGUCGAGGCCGUCGAUGCCUUGGCUGGCUCUCCACGCUCAAGUGGCAGGACCGAGCUCCAGCCCAUUCCAUCCACCCAAGAACUUGACCACGAAACAAAAGGCGGUCUUGAAAGUCGCGUUAAUAUCGACGACAUGCCCAAUUACAUUGCUGUCCCUACCCAGCCCGAUCCCGAUCCCGUAUCAGCCCAUGGGGUUUGGAUGGCAUUUCGAAUGCAGAAAGUCGACAUUGAUGGCGGUAGUGGCAAAACAUACACGGUAUACGUUUGCACUGGCAUAGACUUCAGUAAUAUGUCGAAAGAGUAUGCGAGCAUCAGCGUGUUCACAGAGGGAAAUGAAAUGAUUCUACGGGAUAUGAAACUUUUCCCUCGUGCCAAACACUUCUUCCCGGCGCCUCAAGGAUCCUUCCUUACCGGCACUAUCCACGUUCAGAUUGGUCAUCCCCCACCGCCUCGCUAUCCACCUUAA